AUGUCUUUUAUAUAUUCCAACCUAUAUGCAGGGACGGUGGCCAGCUCGCGACGAAAGGCUACUCCUACGGAUCCUCUUCCAAAGGUGGAGCGUACCUUAAACCCGUUAUUAACCUUCUUCUUGUCGCCUCUUCCGAGGCCUAUUCUGACACAAGCGCAGGAUUAUCGCCCUUGUGAGACCGGCUCCUAUAAGCCAGGAAGCAGGAGAGCCGGCACAGAGCCCCCCAGGUCGACUUCUCUCCCGCCUCCUGCCAUCAAGGAUCUCCGCAAGGGUACUCCUAAGACCUUUAGCAGCCUGAGCGGCCCUAAGGAUAUCCUGGCCGACUUCACACGUUUGGCGUCGCAGAUCAGCAAGUCUAGCCAGGAUCAGUAUAAGGACCUGCAGGAAAAGAUGUCCGCCGAACUCCUUCGCGAGAUAAGGGAUCGGACUUUCUACGACGCCGGCACUAUAGCUCAUUGGGUCAUGGAGCAAAAGAACCGGCUCAUACUAAUUCGUAGAAAAGAGAGAGAAGAAGAGCGAAUCCGUAACCGUGCUCGACCCAACAGCCCGAGGCCCGACACCAGGCGCCCAGAAGCCAGGACUACGCCAGGUAAGGCGUAUCCGUUCCCUUUGGCCCUGACAGCAGGCCCACCACGACGCUCUCCUACUCCUUCUCCCGGCCAGGCCACUAGUUCAAAAUCGAAGUGCGUGGGUUUCAAGAAGGAUGAUACAGUAACUUGUUUCUACUGCAACAAGCCUGGCUAUGUGAAACCUGACUGCCCUGACCUUUACGUCAGUAAGAUCAAAGAGGCAGAAUCUGACUUCGGAGAUAAGUCCUCUGGCCCUGACGAGGAAUCCGCGGAGUCGGAAAACGAGAUGCCCUAG